UAAACGUAACCUCUAUUCUCAGCCCAGCGUGACCAUCAGCAUUUCAUCCUGGACCACCGGCGGCGGCGUCCACUGUCUCUAGAUUGUGUGUUGGUUGCAUGAUUUAUCGAAAAUUCGUACCUCAUCCAAGGUCAAGUAUCUCUACCCACGUGUGCCCAGGUACGUAAAGUUGAAGUACCUUUACAAAUUGAAAACAUCGCGAAGCUCCACCAGGCAUAUACAGGUUUUCGCCAUUGAUGGUGAAGGACUUGACUUCAUAGGAGGCGACAAACCACACGUUACACUUGAUGAGGCGCAGCGCAGUCCUUCGCCAUGUAGGAUUCCUCUGUUUCCGUUUUCUCAACAGUUCAAUUGCAGCUCCGAAUGCGCGAGCACAUGCAUAUGCCACCUUGCCCAAUCCCCCCACCAUUUCGUUUUAUGCUUGGGGAAGCUUGGGCCGACUCGUCGUCAUUAGGCAAGCCAGGCCCCGGCAAGACGACAAGCAAGAAACCGGAUGAGGCACGUGACAGAGAGGCACUCGAAUGGAAGCCGCGUCCCUUGAAACCUCCAACUCAGUCAGAAAAAAAUAUAACAAAGAAAUGCUGUUUGCAUGCGGCAAGAACUGAUAACUCAGCUUAUCAACACUGCCGGCAUGUGAAUGCGAAUCAGUUUUCCACUGUCAAAUCGUAUCAAUAUCAAUAUAUCCUCUUAUUAACUUGCAGUAACGUAUUCAUUCGAGCUGGAGAGUUCUACAAGGUCCCCCUGGUGUCAGCACAACAUCAGAUGGAUCUGAAUCAAUCAGUCAGACAAAUUCAAACAUGGUUGGACAGCGUUUGGAAACCUCAGCUCUACAUUUUGCCUCCAAGUGUUUCCACGGUCGCCCCUGACAGGCAGCUCGAAGCUUUCACUGCAAUGCCUUUUGUCUCCAGCCCGAUCCGGUCGACUAUCUAGUUAUAUGGGAAUCGUGCUUUUAACUUGUCAUUUACAAUACCCCAAACA